AAACUGCAGGUUGGAGAGGGGUCUUGACAUAAAUAAAAAGGAAAAGCCAGGCGGGGUUAUUGUAUUUCCAACCGAGGCUCCGCCGGUGAAGAAAGGAUUCAGCCGUCGCCUCUGAUGGACAGCCUGCUCGGCCUCCUCCGCAUCCGCGUCAAGCGGGGCGUCAACCUCGCCGUCCGCGACGUCCGCACCAGCGACCCCUACCUCGUCGUCAAGCUCGGUAAACAGAAAUUGAAGACUCGUGUGAUAAAGAAGGAUGUUAAUCCGGAGUGGAAUGAAAAUCUGACUCUCUCCAUUGCAGAUCCCAGUGUACCGAUUACGCUGACCGUCUACGACCACGAUACUUUCACCAAGGACGAUAAAAUGGGGGAUGCAGAGUUCGACAUUACGCCUUUCAUGGACGCCAAGAAGAUGGACCUCAAGGGCCUGCCCAGUGGCACAAUUGUAUCGAGAGUGCAGCCCUGCAGGCAGAACUGCCUCUCCGAGGAGAGCUGCAUCAUCUGGUCUGAAGGCAAGGUCGUACAGGACAUGUGCCUCAGGCUGAGAAACGUCGAGUGUGGCGAGGUGGAAAUUCAGCUCCAAUGGAUCGACAUUCCAGGCGCCGCCAGAAAUCCAUAAUCCAUCCUUCCCCCACCAACAGAAAUGGGUGUUUCAUCGGAGAUCCAGCAAAAUUGGUGCUUUCGUCUGUACAGGUACCCCGUCAAUGUGAAAACAAACUCGAAUUUUCCAAUCAUAGGGCUCGACCCUUUCUCGGAUACAUGCGUUGUAGGUCUGUUUGAGUGUGACUUAACAAGGGUUGGUAUUGUAUGUUCUUUUAUGGAUGUUGAGAAUAAAUUUUCCUUAAAAUUUAUAUGUUGCUUCUCGGUAACAGAACAUGUGUAACAGUUUCAAUCGACAAUUUCGUUCCGACAA